CCGAGCCUGGGUCUCUGGCCGAAGGGGCCGGACCGCAGCCGCCGCCCUCCCAGGACCCGGAGCUGCUGUCGGUGAUCCGGCAGAAGGAGAAGGAUCUGGUGUUGGCGGCCCGGCUGGGCAAGGCGCUGCUUGAGAGGAACCAGGACAUGAGCCGGCAGUACGAGCAGAUGCAUAAGGAGCUGACAGACAAGCUUGAGCACUUAGAACAAGAGAAACAUGAAUUGAGAAGACGAUUUGAGAACCGAGAAGGGGAGUGGGAAGGCCGCGUGUCAGAGCUGGAGAGUGAUGUGAAGCAGCUGCAGGAUGAGUUGGAGAGGCAGCAGGUUCAUCUGCGGGAAGCAGAUCGAGAAAAAACACGGGCUGUCCAGGAACUGUCGGAACAGAACCAAAGGCUAUUGGAUCAACUCAGCAGGGCAUCAGAAGUUGAGAGACAACUCUCCAUGCAGGUCCAUGCCCUCAGAGAAGACUUUCGGGAGAAAAACUCGUCAACCAACCAGCACAUCAUCCGGCUGGAGAGUCUUCAGGCUGAGCAGGUCCUUGAAAUCAAGAUGCUGUCAGAUCGGAAACGGGAGCUGGAGCAUCGUCUCAGCGCUACUUUAGAGGAAAAUGACCUGCUCCAAGGGACCGUGGAGGAGCUACAGGACCGGGUGCUAAUCCUGGAGAGGCAGGGCCAUGACAAGGACCUACAGCUGCACCAAAGCCACCUGGAGCUUCAGGAGGUGCGUCUCUCCUGCCGACAGCUGCAGGUGAAGGUGGAAGAACUCACUGAGGAGAGGAGUCUGCAGAGCUCUGCCGCCACCAGCACAUCCCUCCUGUCAGAGAUUGAGCAGAGCAUGGAGGCUGAGGAGCUGGAGCAAGAGCGAGAGCAGCUGAGACUGCAGCUCUGGGAAGCCUACUGCCAGGUUCGCUACCUGUGCUCACACCUUCGAGGCAAUGACAGCGCUGACUCAGCCGUCUCCACGGACUCCUCCAUGGACGAAUCUUCAGAAACCUCAUCCGCCAAGGAUGUGCCAGCCGGCAGCUUGCGCACUGCCCUCAAUGAGCUCAAGAGACUGAUACAGAGCAUUGUGGAUGGCAUGGAGCCCACGGGCUCCCGGAGACUUGAUGAUGACUCCUUAGAAGAACAGAUAAGGCAGACCAGUGAGGACUCGAGAGCCCUAAGGGAGCUCAUGGAGGGAGAGAGGGGUAAACUGAGGCAAAGCCUAGAAGAGCUGCAGCGACUCCACAGUCAGGUGACACUGCUGAGUGUGGAGAUGACUGCCCUAAAAGAGGAGAGAGACCGACUCAGAGUCACAUCUGAGGACAAGGAGCCAAAGGAGCAGCUUCAGAAGGCCAUCAAGGACCGUGACGAGGCCAUUGCAAAGAAGAACGCUGUGGAGCUGGAACUCGCCAAGUGCAGGAUGGAUAUGAUGUCUCUGAACAGCCAGUUGCUGGAUGCCAUUCAGCAGAAACUGAACCUCUCGCAGCAGCUGGAAGCUUGGCAGGAUGACAUGCACAGGGUCAUUGACCGGCAGCUGAUGGACACGCACCUGAAGGAACGGAGCCAGCCAGCUGCUGCCCUCUGCAGGGGCCACAGCGCUGGGCGGGGGGAUGAGCCCAGCACCGCUGAAGGCAAACGACUCUUCUCAUUCUUCAGGAAAAUUUAAGUUGGGAGGAGUGAGGCCACCAAAGAUGGGUGGACUGGAGGCAGCUGGAAAGGCAGUGCUGGCGAGGGCUCCCCUGCGGCUCGCACCUCAGUAGCUGCCCUCCCCCUCAUGCUGGGGCCCCAUGGGUCUGGGAGGGCCUGCUCCCUUUCAUUGGUGAGAAUGGAGACCUAGAGGUGGGGGCCCGCCUUGGCCACUGAAGGCUUCCCUCGGCCCACCGCCUGGCCAAGCCCACGCCUGGGCUUCUCCAGGAUCCCCUGCUUGAGCAGGGUUAGGCCAUCUCCCAGAGGGGCCCCUUGGUGUUGGGCUUUGCAGCUCAUCCCUAACAGAUCGCAGCCCACCCCCAGGCACUGCUGCCUCCUCGAUUUUAGCAAAUGGGGAACAGAAGGAAUGGAGGCCCUUCUCUGCAUGCCUCAGGAGGCCCGAGCCCCGGGGGCCUAGUCCUGUGGGGGCAGUGGGCCAGGCCUAAGCCUCCAUUCCUUCCCCAGCCCCGGCCCAGGGUCGAAGGGGAGAUGGCAGCCCCUCCCCUGCGUGCAUGCACCUCAGCUGGCAGGAGGCCAAGCCUCUGGCCGCAAGGUCUAAGAGCUGGCGCUUACCCAAGCUCAGCUGAGGCCACCCGAGCCCCAGGGAGGAAGAAGGCCCUGUCCCCUGGUCGCCACUGCUCUCCCUCCCAGCCUCCAGUCUCUGCCCCUUAGCAGGGCCGGGCCAGGCAGAAUGUUGUCACCAGUCAUCUGCAGGCUUUAGCCAUCCAACCCUUUCCCCUGCUCAGGGCUGGGGCUGGAUGGGGUCUCCUCCUCCCACAGUUCCCUCCUCCACUCCUCACAUACAUAUCUUUUUGGCCCAGCCAAACAAGCCCAGGCCACAGAAUGGAACCAGAGGGGUCUGGUCAGCCACCCCACCUUGAGGGCAGCACAGGCACCACAGGGUGGAGGAGAGGGGGAAGCUGCUGGAAGCCUCCAGAUGCCUGCUGGCCUGCAGGAGAAACCUGUAGCAGCUGCUGCUCCUGCCUCUGCAGCUGCCCCACCUCUUCCACCCAGGCCCCACCUCAGAGGCUUCGCGGCCGGCCAGCCCUCAGCUGCUCACAACUGAUUCAGUCUCCCUCCCUCACAUGGGGAAAGCACAGCAGGGAUGCGCGGCAAGAAUGUACCUGUAGAUGUGUACAUACCACAGUGCUGUAAUUUUGUAUGUAGCAAUCAUGUAAAUACAUGUAUGGAUUUUAUAAUAUACAUAUAUAAAAAUUAUAAAGGCAUAUUUUUAGAAAAACAGCACACCACUGCUUCUUUUGAAAAUAGUCUGAAUAAGAAUAAAAUGAAUUUCUACAGAG